AUGGAGAAGAAAUCCACCUUCAAAAUUGUGUUUAUUCUUUUGCUCCUUUCCUAUUUAUAUGUUGCUGCUGUACCUUCAACUAGAAUCUAUAUGACCAAAGAGAUGGAUAUUGAUAUUCAGACUAAGGAGGAUUUGAUUAUGGACUUAAAGAAUAAUGAGAAGCUCUUUGACAUGAAGAAUGAAUUUGAAGAGGGAAGAAUGAUGAUGGAUAUUUCAGAUUAUCCUGGAACAGGACCAAAUCAUCAUCAUGACCCAAAACCUCCAGGAAAAGCAUAA